AUGUCGGGAAAACACAACGCAGCCUUCCUCGAUGGCGCUGGUAAAGCAUUUCGCGUCGAUAGUAUCGAGACCAAGAAGCCUGGGAAGGGAGAGGUCUUGAUCCGAAACCGAGCACUUGCAAUCAACCCAGUGGACUGGAAGGUUCAGGACUCGGGAUACUUCUUGGAAGAGUUCCCAUCCAUUUUGGGCGAGGAUGUUGCAGGAGAGAUCGAGGCCGUUGGUGACGGUGUUACUCGAUUUAAGCCUGGACAGCGUGUUCUAGCUCAUUCUCAAUUCUUGUUUAAUAAGAAGCUUGAACAGGCUGGAUUCCAGGAAAAAGUCAUUGUACCUGAGGUAUCGGUAGCUGCUAUUCCUGACUCUAUGAAGUUUGAGGACGCGGCUGUCUUACCACUGGCCGUAUCUACUGCUGCAGCUGGUCUAUACCAGCCGAAAAAAGAAAUAUGUCUGGAGUUGGACCUGCCGAGCACGAAACCUUCGAAGAGUGGUAAGACGCUUCUUGUUUGGGGAGGUAGCGCAAGUGUCGGAACUGCUGCUAUCCAAUUAGCCGUUGCUUCGGGAUUGACCGUUGUCACAACGUGUUCCGAACGGAACUUUGGUCUGGUGCAGAAGCUCGGGGCCAAGGCAUUCGAUUACAACAGUCCAAGCAUUGUGGGAGAUCUGAUCGCGGAACUAGGCACGGGCGAUUUCGUUGGCGGUUAUGAUGCUAUUGGGACAAGAGAGAGUGAGAUGCAAUGUGCUCAGGUCAUUGGCUCGAUGGGUGGUGGAAUCCUGAGUACCGUGUUGCCGCCUCCCGACGAACUGCCAGCGAAAGUGCAGGCGAAGCAAGUGCUUGCUCUGACCAUCUUUGCUGGAUCGAAUGCAUUCGUCGGCAAGUCUGUUUACGAGGACUUCCUACCUAAAGCGCUAGCUUCUGGUCAGUUCGUCCCAGCACCACCUGCAGAAGUUGUUGGAAACGGCGUAGAUGCGAUUCAGGAGGCAUGUAAGAAGCAAAAGGCAGGUGUAUCAGGGAAGAAGAUUGUGGUAACACUAUGA